UUUUUGUUGCUUUUUACUACAACGAACUCACUAACAUGAACGUUCAGCCAACAUCGAACGCUGGCGUUCAACCAUCGCGCGAUCCACUUCCGCAAAACCCAGCGGAAGAUGAAGAUGAAGAUGAAGACGACGACGACGACGAUGAAGAAGACGAUGACGACGAGGAAGAAGAAGAGGAAGAAGACGAGGGAGACGAAGUGCAGUCAGCUGCUUUGACUGCGACGACGAACGCCGCUGCCCCUUCCACUGCUGCUGCUGCUACUGCCGCUGCCGGGGCUGCUGCUGAUGAAGACGACGAUGAAGACGACGACGAAGACGACGAAGAGGAAGAUGAAGAAGAAGAGGAAGAGCCAAAACUCAAGUAUCAGCGUCUGGGCAUGUCCGUCCUCAAAGUGCUCGAGAACGACGCAGCGAGUUGCCUCGCCGUGCACGAAAAGUUCCUUGCGCUGGGCACGCACUGGGGCGCCAUUCACAUUUUGGACUUUUACGGCAACGAGAUUAGCCGGUUUGCCCCUCACACGGAGGCCGUCAACGACAUUUCCAUCGAUGCGCACGGCGAGUACUUUGCAUCGUGCUCGACCGAUGGCAAGGUUGUCAUCAAUGGGUUGCUGAGCUCGGAACACAACAUGAGCAUGAACCAGCAGCGACCGGUCAAGGCAGUCGCCAUCGAUCCAGAGUUUGCACGCCGCAAAAAGAAGGAAGUGGUUGCUGGUGGUCUUGCCGGUCAACUAGUCCUCUGCGAGAAGUCUUGGUUUUCCAACAAGAACACUGUGAUUCAUGCUGGCGAAGGCCCCAUUUUUACCAUCAAAUGGCGAGGCCCCUAUAUUGCAUGGGCAAACGAAGUGAGUGUCAAGGUGUACGACUGCAGCUCCAAUCAACGAAUCACCUACAUUGAAAAGCCCAAGUCGGCCACGCGUGGCGAUCUCUACCGCUGCAAUCUGUGCUGGAAAAAUGACACUACGCUGCUGAUUGGCUGGGCUGACAGCGUUCGCGUUGGUGUUGUCAAGGAAAAGGCACGCUCGGCAAAGGACAUCCAGGCAGGCCUCCCAUCUCGAUUCGUGGAGAUUGUUGCCAUGUUCACGACCGAUUACUUUAUUGCCGGUAUUGCGCCGUACAACAACGACAUUGCCCUGCUGGCGUACACGGUUGAAGAAUCGGCGGACGGCAAAAAGAGCGUCCCGCAGCGCCCCGAGCUGCAAAUUGUGUCCUACACGAACGAAGAAAUCUCCACCGACUCACUCUCCAUCAAUGGAUUCCAGAACUACCUGUGUGGGCAUUACAGGCUCGAGCAUCUGUCCUCUGAAAUGCUCUUUUACAUUGUCUGCCCGAAGGACAUUGUCGUUGCCCGCCCGCGCGACAUUGAGGACCACAUUGCCUGGUUGUUUGAAAAGAAGCGCUAUCCCGAGGCACUGGAGGCCGCCGAAAGCGCCCUCAAGUCGGCCGAGUCGACCUCGUCUGCCUCCUCCACGGAGGUCGAAAACCGCAAGAAGGUCCGCCUCGAUAUUGGCCAGCAGUUCCUCAAGCACUUGCUUGACAUCAACCAGUACGCGCAGGCAGGCGCACUCUGCCCUCGCGUGCUCGGCGACAACGGCACCCUUUGGGAGAGCUGGAUUUACCUGUUUGGCAAGGACAAGCAACUCGAAGCCAUCAGCCCCUACAUUCCCACCUCCAACCCGGUGCUGUCACCGACCGUGUAUGAGAUGGUGCUCAACUACUACCUCCUGCGCGAUCUCGAGGCCUUCCAGAAGACGAUUGCACAGUGGCCUUCGACGCUGUACAAGGUGGACAACAUUAUCAAUGUCGUUCUGGAGCGUCUCAAGCGUGACCCGAAUUCGCCCGAGCUGAUGGACACGCUUGCUGAGCUGUACAAGAAAGACGGCCAGUACCAGAAGGCGCUCUUCAUCUACCUGCGCCUGCGUCGUGGCGACGCCUUCCCCUUGAUUGAGCGCCACAACUUGUUCAGCUUUGUCGUGGACAAGAUUGUGCUGUUGAUGGAGUUUGAUGCUCCCCAGGCCGUUGUCAUGCUCGUCAAGAAUUCCGACAAGAUUGAGGUGACCAAAGUUGUCAGCCAACUGCGUGACACCCCGUUCUUCCUGCACCAGUAUCUCGAUGCACUCUUCUCCAAAGAUCCCAAGCUUGGCGCCGAGUUCCACGAGCUGCAAGUCGGCCUCUACGCCGAGUACGACUACAAGAAGCUGCUCCCCUUCCUUCGGACAUCCAGCUUUUACCCUCUCGAGAAGGCCCUGUCCACUUGCCGGGAGCGUGAUCUCGUGCCGGAGCAAGUCUUCCUUCUCGGUCGCAUUGGCAACAACAAGCAAGCCCUCACUCUCAUCAUCGAAAAGCUCGGCGAUGUCCAACAAGCUAUCGAGUUUGCCAAAGAGCAGAACGACGAAGAGUUGUGGGAGGACUUGAUUACCUAUUCGAUGAACAAGCCAGUUUUCAUCAAGGGCUUGCUCAACAAUAUUGGAACCCAUGUCGAUCCGAUUCGCCUGAUCAAGCGCAUUCCUUUGGGCCUGCCCGUCACUGGAUUGCGUGAUGCUCUGGUCAAGAUUUUGCAAGACUACAACCUUCAGAUCUCUUUGCGCGAGGGAUGCAAGAAAAUCCUUGUCAGCGAUUGCGUCGUGCUUGGUAGCCGCUUGAACAAGGCCCAGCGCCGUGCCCUGCCUGUGGAUGAUUCGUCCACGUGCAGCAUCUGUGGCAGCUAUGUGAUUAACAAUCUGUCCGCGAUGGGCGAAAAGGAUCUCGUCAUUGCCUUCUUCUGCCGACACGUCUACCACGAGCACUGCUUGAAGCGACCGCGUGUGGCUGAGGCUCAGGCGAAGGGCAAGAGCGCGCCGUCCAAGCCUGCUCACGAAGAGAAUGACAUGUGCUGUCCGCUUUGCCGAAACGCCGCUCAGUCCAACAAUCGCCGAAAACCUGGGCACAAUCGGAUCGAUCUGAAGUAAAAGAAAUUCACCUGCAACAAACCCAUUGUGUGUGUGUUUUUUUUGGUCUGGUUGGUUUUUGCGCUGAUGCUCGUUGAUUCUUGUACAAAUGUAUUUUUCUUUUGUUGUC